UGGCGGCAUCCUUUGGGCAGCAGUAGAAUUACAGAACUAGCUGUACAGCCAGACUCAGUAUUUUCUAAAUAAUUCACUUGGAAAUUCUUCGUCAGGUAAAAUGACCCAAGUCAGGAAAAAGCCUGUGUAUCAAGAUAUUUUUGGCUUGCCAAUGAAUAUAUCCUUUUCUCCUGAAUGCGUGAGAGGUACUAUCCAAUAUAAACCUAGGGAUGAUGACAUCUUUAUCGUAACUUUUCCGAAAUGUGGAACAACCUGGACACAACAUAUUGUACACAAUAUUUUAAGCAAAGGGGAGCCUUUCGAAAGUUUUGAAGAUUUCCAAAUACGUUCUCCCUUUAUGGAGAUGUUAGGGCCUAAAACUGCAGAAGUCAUGCCACGUCCCCGAGCCAUUAAAACACACCUGCCGUUCCAUUUGAACCCUUAUUCUCCUAAAGCCAAAUACAUCUAUGUAGCUAGAAACCCUAAAGACUGCUGUGUUUCCUUUUACCAUCACACGAAGAUGUUUCCAGAGUAUCAGUUUACAGAUGGAAGUUUUGACGAUUUCUUUGAGGUAUUCAUGAAUGGCGAAAAUGACUGGGGUGAUUAUUUUGAUCAUCUUUUAUCCUGGUAUGAACACAGACUUGAUUCUAACGUCUUGUUCAUCACUUACGAGGAAAUGAAAGCUGACACACGAGCUGCUAUCUUAAAGAUUGCUAGUUUUCUGGAUCAAACGUAUAAAGAUUUAUUGGAAUCUGAUGAAAAACUGAUCGAUAAGAUUCUUUACCAGACAAGCUCAGAUUACAUGCGAAAACAUUUGAAUGAACAAAUGGAAAAUUUUUAUUGCAACCCUGUUUUCCAUCGGAAUGAAACUCCCGAAGGAAUUAAAUAUAUUAACGAGUACUUUAAAAACCAAAAGAUAGAAAUGCCCAAUGAAAUGAAAUUCGUCAGAAAGGCAGCUGUUGGUGACUGGAAAAAUUAUUUUUCUGCUGCUCAAUCAAAGCUGAUGAUGGAAAGGUUCAAGGAAAAAACUAGAGGAACAGACAUUGCUAAUCUAUGGCCUGAUAUGUUUACAGAUGUAACUGGAAACUAACAUAAUAUGAAAGGAUAAAUUCAAUAAGAAAUAUAGUUUAGUGUAUUGCGAACGUUAUGAAGAUUGUUAUAACCCCAUGAGCAAAGUUAAUUACGUCAUUAAUUUACACAUUAUUCUGACAUAUAACCGCUAAGUUAUAUUGAGGGUGUGAAUUUAUUUUAACGAGUGUGUAUUGUUGAAAGGAAUGUUUUAAAUUCUUCAUCCUCUAAUUUAAAAUAUAUAAUUUAGAUUUUAUCUUACGUUGGAUAUUUAAAUUGGAGAAAGAAAAUAUAGAUUAAGGUUAAUAUGGCUUCACUGCUUGUAUAUUUAUAAAAUUGUCAAAUUUUGAUUUGUUAAGAAGAAGUUCGGAAAUCCAAAAAUUGUCAAUUAAAUUCUAAAAAUUAAUAAGACAUAAAUAAAUUGUUGUAGGCACAUAAUAUCAGUAACUGUUAUUGUUAUUUUCUGCUUUUGAUGUUAUUUUUCACUUGAAACAUAAAUUUAAAAUGUAUUGAUUUGUGUUUACCUUGGCAACGUUACUUAAUUUUAAACUAAUACUUUAUUUUAGUUUUAACAUAAUCUAAUGCAUAAAAUUAUUCAAUCGUUUAUUAAUUAUUAUAUAAUAAAUUAUAUUAUAUAGGCAUUGACAGUAACAUUCGAUAUUUUACUAAUGCAAAAUAAAUAUCGUAAAUAAUGAUAAGUAGAAUAACGCAAAUCAUCCCUAUAGACUAUAUAUUCAUCUAAUAAGAAAAGCCGAGAUGUUACAUGUUUGUGUCCCCAUCUGUUGGUUUUAUAGUGAACUAUAAUGCUAUUGCGGAUCAAUAAAAUUUUGUAAAAAUCA